AUGGUAAUAACAGCAUACAGCGGUGGAUCAGUUGUUCUGCCCUGCUCCUGUGCUGACCCUCAGACGACUGUCAGGACAUUCACCUGGGACUAUCAGCAGGGAAAUAUAUGGUUUCAAGUAUUUCAAGAUGAGAAAUACAGCGGCAGACGUGUGCUGUUUGAUAAACUUUCUCCAAAAAAUCUGUCUCUUCUCAUUUCUGACCUCAGAAAGAAUGACCAGGGCUACUAUAGAUGUAUGACCGAACCAAUGAUCUACACACAGGUUAAAUUAAAUGUUAAAGGGUGUGAUUUGGUUGAUAACAUGAGGACAGUUGAAGUGAUUGGAUAUUCAGGAGGGUCUGUGGUUCUGCCCUGUUCCUGCACUGAACUACUGGCUAAACCUGAACACAUACAGUGGAAAUAUUACAAAGAAAAUCAAUAUAAGGAAAUUUACCCAAAUGAAGAGAUUGAGAAUUACAAGAACAGAGUCAAACUGUUCGAUCCAAACACUCCAGGAAAUCUUUCUCUACAGAUAUCAGCACUGACCACAGAGGACCGAGGGUACUAUCAGUGUUUUGUCUCGUCUCAGCAAACAGUCUUUGUCAGACUUUAUGUACUUCAUGAUGAAGAGAAAACAAGUACAAUCAGUGUAUCAACACAUCAGCUCUCUCACCAAACACAAGAACCUUCACCACCACGACAAACACAGCACACACCACAAUAUGUUUUCAUUUUAGUGGCUGUGUUUUCUGUAAUACUGUUACUGGCAUUUCUGGCAUUAUCUUCUAGAUGUGGAGAGGAGGAAGUGCCAUGCUCUGAUGUAGUUUAUGUUGAAACCAUCUACACCAGCUCAUGCACAGAAUGACCCAGUAGAGAUCCCCGGGCAUGUCAGUACCCUCGCUAAAAAUCAUGAAAACAGGAUUUGUUCAUUUUAAACCUCAGAAUUCAUAUACACAUUGUUUAGACUGGAGCUUAUUAUCAUUGCAUUUUGAGAAUAUACUUGUAAAAAAAAGCCGCCUGAUUCAAAGUGGUAACCACUGAAUCAUGAAAAAUAAUUAUUGUCUAUACAGUAACUUUAUGCAGAAUAUAU